AUGUCCAGGCAACACACGGAGGAUGAGCGAAUCGACGACGCUCCACAUGAGCCGGCCGGAAUCGAAGAAGAAUUGACGGCGCUGCACAGGAGCUGGCCGAAAUCGAAGAAGAUGGUGGCGUCCAUGGAGUUCUCACCCAGCGCCGGUGACGCAGCCCAUGAUUCGGGAGGUGGUGAGGCCUCAAGCUGCGGCCAUGGCGCCCGUGGAGAUGUCCACGCCGGAGUAUCACGAGGGCGCAGCCGCGCAGGCAAGGCCACGACGACUUCUUCCCGGAGCCAUCGGUCGCGAGCUGGGGCGCGUACCAGCGGGUGCUGGGCGAGACGGCAGCCUGGGGUGCUGAGCUCGCGGCUCCGUCCGUCCCGUGCCGUCGAGAUCUUCGUGGCCUCGGGCCUCUCCACCGUGCUCUCCGUCAUCUGCUACACCGAGUUUGCCGUCGAGAUCCCCGUGGCCGGCGGCUCCUUCGCGUACGUCCGCGUCCAGCUCGGCGAUGCCGCGGCCUUCGUCGCCGCAGCCAACCUCACCCUCGAGAGCGUCAUCAGCACGGCGGCCGUGGCCCGGGAGGUGAUGGUGGAGAAGCAGAUGGCGGCGCACCGGGUGGACCGCGCCAUCUGCGCCUGGUUCUGGGACUACGUCGCCGCCCACGCCGCCGGCGACCCUUCCAAAGUCUUGCAGGUUGUGGUGUCACCAACGCAUUACUUGUUUCAAAUCUAUCGCGAUGGUGUAACGUUCUUGGCGUGCACCCAAGUGGAGAUGGCCCCACUGAUGGCUGUCGAGUUUCUCUCUCGUGUGGCCGAUGUCUUGACAGAUUAUCUUGGCGAUCUGAAUGAAGAUAUAAUCAAGGACAACUUUGUAAUUGUAUAUCAGAUUUUAGAUGAGAUGAUGGAUAAUGGUUUUCCACUCACGACUGAGCCAAACAUCUUGAAAGAGAUGAUUGCCCCACCUAAUAUUGUGAACAAAAUGUUGAAUGUUGUUACUGGUAAGAGUUCUACACUUGGCAGCAAACUUCCAGAUGCAGCUGCUUCUUUUGUACCUUGGCGAACAACAAUAGUCAAGGAUGCAAGCAAUGAAGUCUAUGUUAACAUAGUUGAGGAACUUGAUGCAUGUGUAAACAGAGAGGGGGGUCUAGUGAAAUGUGAAGCAUAUGGUGAAGUUCAAGUAAACUGCAGCCUCCCAGGUGUGCCAGAGUUGACCAUGUCAUUUGCCAACCCUACAAUUAUCAAUGAUGUUACUUUCCACCCCUGUGUCCGAUUCAGGCCAUGGGAAUCAAGUCAGGUUCUAUCAUUUGUUCCUCCCCAUGGGCAGUUCAAGCUCAUGAGUUACAGGGUUAAGAAAUUGAAGAAGACACCAAUUUAUGUGAAACCUCAAUUAACAUCAGAUUCUGGGAAUUGCCGUGUUAGUGUGAUGGUUGGGAUUCGAAAUGAUCCUGGGAAACCUAUUGAUUCAAUAACAGUGCAGUUUCAGUUGCCCCUUCUUAUUGUUUCGGCUGAUUUGACUGCAAACUAUGGCACAGUUGACAUCCUUGCUGACAAGACCUGUCUUUGGACAAUUGGGCAGAUACCAAAAGAUAAAGCACCAGCGCUCUCUGGAAAUUUACGUCUGGAGGAAGGACUCGCGCAGUUGCAUACAUUGCCAACAUUUCAGGUGAAAUUCAAGAUUAUGGGAGUUGCCCUGUCUGGUCUUCAAAUUGAUAAGCUGGAUGUGAAAAACACACCGAACGCUCCAUACAAAGGUUUCAGAGCCCAAACUCAAGCUGGAAAGUAUGAGGUCAAUAGGUCUAUACCUGAAUCUGAUUAUCCUAUCUGGUAUGAAAGCAACAGAAUAUUGCGACCCUAG